AUGGUACUAACUGCCAAGCAGAAAAAAUACCGUCAAGUGUGCAAAACCAAACAUACGAUGAGGACGAACAAGAAACAACAACAAACUCACCAGAUAAGUACACGUAUUGGGACACCAGUGAAUGAAUUUUCAGACACCAGCAAAUCCUGUGAACUUGGAUGUAUUCCACCCGCUGUGUUUUUCUUCUUCCUUCGCAAAUCCAGAGCCAGUAGAACUUUGGAAAAAACGUUGCACAAUCGCAUCAUGGAAAAUAUCAUCACCAGUUCCAUAAUCUACCAGCUGAUAUGGUCAAUUAGGGGCGCUUACGAUGAAACAGAAGAUACAACGUGA